UGUUGAGUACAUGCUGACAUUUAAAUUAAAAACACACAAGUGAACAGUGACAUUGAAUGAGUACAAGUCAAAAAUGUUAAAAGCGAAUCGUUUGUUAAAUAUUUUUAGUAUAAAACGCGGAAAUAGUCAAUGGCUGUUAUGCAAUCAAUCGAAAAAAGCAUUUCAUCUAAGUGCAACUUUGGAUAAACUUGCUCGAACACGUGCUCAACUAAGUGAUGCUAAGAAAAUAGUCAUUAAAUUGGGCAGUGCAGUAGUAACAAAACCGGAUCGUAGUGGUUUAGCACUUGGUCGAUUAGCUGCUAUAGUUGAACAGAUUGCGGAACUUUGUCAUCAGGAUCGCCAAUGUCUUCUGGUUACCAGUGGUGCAAUUGCAUUAGGAAGGCAUCAUCUUGAAACAGAUGAGAAAAAAAGUAGCCGAGGAGCUCGAGCAGCUAUUGGUAUGGCAGAAAUGGUUACAUUAUAUGGUCAUCUAUUUGAACAAUGUGAUCUUCGAACAGCUGCUAUGUUAUUGACACCUGUCGAUUUUGAUGAUGAUCAUCGACGAGCAUAUUGGCGUACAGCACUGCAAGAUUUAUUAAAUCAAGGCGUUGUACCAAUAAUCAAUACAAAUGAUGCCGUUGCUUGGAGUAAGGAAAACUCUACUGGUGCAACAUGUACCGAUACAUCUUUAGCUCCUCAAGUACGUGACAACGACAGUUUAGCUGCUCGUUUGGCAUGUGAAUUAAAAUCAGAUCUAUUACUUUUAAUAUCUGAUGUAGAUGGAGUAUACACUGCACCACCCGGCAGUCCUGGUGCUCGAUUUGUGGCCGAGUAUGAAGUAGCAAAAAAUCCAGAAUAUGAUACUCUCUCAUCAUCAGUGAACGGGGAAUUAGUGAACUUUGGUGAAGCAUCUUCUGUUGGUACUGGUGGCAUGAAAAGUAAAAUUACAUCAGCAGUUUGGACUGUUAGACAAGGGACUUCAGUGGUCAUAAUCCGAGGUAGCAGAUUUAACUGUAUCACAGAUGUAAUGAAUGGGGUAGAUGUUGGGACAUUUUUCACACUGGAAGAGAAAAAUGAAGCUGAAAAUUCAGUCAAUACACGAGAAGAAGCAAUUAAACAAAUCGCCGCUAAAGCUCGAGAAGCCAGUGUGUUGUUGAAUUCAUCUACACCUGAGGCUAGAGCAAAUGCAAUCGACUAUUUGGCCGAUAAACUUUUACAACAUGAAGAUGAAAUUAUUUGUGAAAAUGAAAUUGAUAUGAAAGAAGCUGAAACAGCGGGGAUUUCACCUAUUCUAUUGGCUAGACUGCAAUUAAGUCAUUCCAAGAUAAAAACGUUAAGUGAAGGACUUAGACAAAUCGCCGCUGAGUCACGUAAACGUCAUGGUCAUGUUAACCGUGUUCUGUCUCGUAUUAAAAUAGCUGAAAAUUUAAUUUUGGAGAAAAUUACGGCACCUAUCGGUGUGUUAUUGGUAAUAUUUGAAUCAAGACCAGAUUGUUUACCACAGAUUGCUGCACUUUCAAUCGCCACAGCCAAUGGUCUAUUGGCAAAACCUGGAUCUGAAGCUCUACAUACUGUUCGUAUACUUCAUAGGCUUGUUGGUGAAGCAUUAGAAAUGGCUAAUCUACCAUCUCAAGCUAUUGGUCUACUUGAAGGACGUAAAGAUGUGGAAUAUGUUUUACAGGGUAUAGACAAACAAUCUUUUGUUGAUUUAGUUAUUCCAAGAGGUAGCUCAAAAAUGAUUGAAAGUAUAAUUAAUGCAGUAAACAAAGCAGGUACUGGUGUACCUGUAAUGGGACAUGGAUCUGGUAUAUGUCACGUUUAUGUUGACGCAGCAGCUGAUCCUGAGAAAGCUAUAAAAAUAGCUAUUGAUUCAAAAUGUGAUUAUCCGUCAGCUUGUAAUGCAAUGGAAACUUUACUUGUGCAUAAAUCACAUGCUGAAUCAGGUUUAUUAGAAAGGUUAUGUAGUCAUUUACGAGAUCAUAAGGUAAAACUUUACGCUGGGCCAGGUAUGAUACGUUUAGGCCAAAAUUUAACAGAUGAAAUGAAACCAGCAAAGAGUUUAUCUUAUGAAUAUGGUGAUCUAGAAUGUACUAUCGAAUUGGUAGAAAGCGUAGAUGAAGCAAUCGAACAUAUUGCAUUGUAUGGAAGUGCACAUACUGAAUCUAUUGUAACAGAAGAUAAAGCAACAGCGGAAAUAUUUCUUCAGAAAACAGACAGUGCAUGCGUUUUUCACAAUGCAAGUACAAGAUUUGCUGAUGGUUAUCGAUUUGGGUUAGGUGCUGAAGUUGGCAUAAACACUGGGCGAAUUCAUGCUCGUGGACCAGUUGGUGUUGAAGGACUAUUAACAACUAAAUGGAUUUUACAUGGAGAUGGACAUUGUGUUUCUGAUUUUAAUUCAGGAAAAUUAACUUACCAACAUGAAUCUUUAUUCAAUUAAAUGAAUCAAUAUAUUAGUUUAUGUUUAUGAAUAUACAUGUCGAUAAUCUGUUGAGAAAGUCAUAAUUUUUAUACUUCUCUUGAGUGCAUUCAGCGCUAGUAUAAUAAACC